CAAGUGCCUGGCGCAGCCUACAGUCAAUAGUCAAUAAUAAACAGUUAUUUCAGAUCUUGGUUUUGACAACCAUUCUUCAUUGCAUCAGCCCCCUUUCCAAUUCCAACCUGAAACAAGUUUCCUCUGCAUUUUUGUACUGCAGAAAAUAUCUACAUUCCGGGAAUCUGCAUACCGAGGAUCUAUUCCUUCCCCAGUACUUACAUAGUCCAAUCUAGAUAGCAGUGUCGUGUUCUUCAUCACAAGUCACAGCAGAGACAACCAGCAUGCUAGGACGAUUAGGACUCGGUGUUCUAGCACUUCUCCCUGUGACAUAUGCAACGGCGUUGCUUCCUCGAGAAACAGCAUGCAAUAACUCUCCAGGUCUCUGCUCAAAGUCCUAUGGGGAAAUCACACAUCUGGGGGCGCACGAUAGUCCGUUUGUACGAGAUGCAUCGACCGGCUAUUCGACCUCAGCGAACCAAUACUACAACACCACUUUACAGCUAGACGCUGGCGUUCGCAUGGUAACGGCGCAAGUCCAUUUGCAAGGCUCGGAGUGGCACCUAUGCCAUUCGAGCUGUGAGCUGUUGGACGCAGGGAAAUUGAGUACAUGGUUAAAAGAGAUCAAGAGCUGGUUAGACUCGAAUCCGAAUGAUGUCGUCACAGUUUUGCUGGUCAACUCUGAUAACGCCUCUGCCUCCGAUCUGAAUUCCGAAUUCGAAACUGCAGGAAUAGUCGACUACGCAUAUAAACCCUCCUCCUCAUCCGCACCAAGCUCGUGGCCGACUUUGCAGACUUUGAUCAAUAACGGGACUCGGCUGAUGGUCUUCGUGGCAUCGUUGGACUCCAACACAAAUGCCCCUUACCUCAUGGAUCAAUGGACGUUUGUGUGGGAGAAUGCUUACGACGUCACGUCGCCUUCCAACUUCUCUUGCAAUCCCGACAGGCCGACGAGUGUGAAGAAUGAUCUCUCCGCUGCCCUCUCAUCCAACCGCCUGCCAUUGCUGAACCACUUCCUCUAUGCCACAACCAUCCUGAAUAUCGAGUAUCCUAACUCCACGUACGUGACUACCACAAACGCGCCCUCCGGCGGAGUGGGGAACCUAGGAGACACAGCAACAAAGUGCCAGAGCGCUUACGGCCGUCAGCCGGCCUUCAUAUUGGUGGAUUUCUUUGACAAGGGCCCAGCCAUCGAUACCGUGGAUAAGUUGAAUAAUGUCACCUCGCCUGUUGGGCGUACCAACCUCACAACGAGCUCCAGCUCGAGCACGACGCAAACAAGCUCUGCCUCAACCUAUUCGAACGUCUUCAAGGGGUUGGUUGAGCUAGUACAGCAGGCGAAGUCGGGCUCGAAUCCCAGUAUGGGCGACUGGGUUUGGGUUGGAGGAGACUGGGGAAGCCUUCUCGGCGGCGGUAUAACGCUGUAGCCACAGCGUCGUAUUAUGCCGCUCAUCCAUUACUUCAAUCUUGCGGUAUCCUUGAACCAGGUGUAUUUCUGUGUCGCACAGUGCAUGGUCGGCGUUUGGGAGUGGAGUCGGGAAUCAUGCAGCUCAGAUAUCUGGGUCUUGUUUUGUUAUAUCUAUAAGCGAUUUUCAAUGUGGAUAGUAUUCCUAGACCAAUAUAGAAUUAACUGUGUAUCCUAGAACCCGCAACGCCUCCGC